GGUAACCUGGUUUCCGAUUUGCAAUUUUAAUGCGCAUGCAUUUAUAAAAAGCGUAAACAAAAUGCUCGGCCGACGCAGAUUUGACAUUUCAGAUUCAUAAAAAAAACCAACUGUGUCAGAUCGAAAAUGGGCUCGUCAUUGUUACACGUGAUACUGGUCAGCGUGCUAUUUGAACUGUCAACAGAAAUUCCGAUUUAUUCCUACCGAUUUGAGGUAUAUCCAGUGGAGAGAUGUCCCAAAAAUAUAUCUGAUUUUGAGACAGCAGCCAGUAGAAGAAAUUGUACAAAAGGCACACGAUACCUGUGUGCUCCUGAUAAAUACCUGUCAAAUUUGAUAGAAUUCUGCACGGACGUCCCAAAAUCUCUUUAUGGAGAUGGUAACUGUGUAAGACUGGAGGGUACUGGCGGUCUAAACCAUUACAAUUGUGUGGAUACAUUCAUAAGUGGUUGUCCAACUUCGUCAUAUACCGAUGACAAUAUUUAUAAAUAUCCAGCGUGCCUAAAUAUUAACAAAGAUUUGAAGUGUUUUGUUGCUGAAAAAGAUUGUCUAGAAAGAACUUCUUCAACAGCACCAUCUUCAACAGAGAGAUAUUGCAAUGAAACUAAAAGAGAGGGGUCGAGAAACAAACUAACAAAUGGAUCUAAUAAUGCUGCUCUUAUUGGGAUACUUAUACCGGUCGGGUUGCUAGGUGUGGUGAUAUCAGGGAUACUCUUUUACAAAAAAAGGAGAAAGAAAAAAGAAAUACUGCUAGAUGAAAAGAAGAUUAGAGAGUUUCUCGGUAAAGGAAAUCUGACCAUUCGCCAAGUUAGAUGCAUUAUACUGGGAUGUGCAGGUGCAGGGAAAACGACUCUCCUGAAGAGAUUGCAGAACGUUCCGUACAAAGAGCUUAAGAAAAUAGAGUCAACAGAAAUAGUUGACGUCCAUGUAAACAGUUUUGAGGUGUUGGAAGAUAAAGAAACCAUUAAAAGGGUCGAGAGUAAGAACGAACUGCCAACAAUCAUAUUUUCUAAAGAUAUGUUGGACAUUAACAGCAAAAGAAUACAUAUAGAGCAGACACCAGUCAAUGAAAAUGAUUACACGGAAGAUGGUGAAUCAAGUGAAGAUGAACAUUCUAUGAGAGAAAAUGACGCCAUAUUAGAAAACAAAGAUUCAUCACGCGACAAAUCUUUUGACAAGACUGCGAGAGCAAGACGAAAGCAAAAAAUGUCUUCAAAUGCAAAAAGAAAACUAGAUUUAUCAGAAAAUAAUGACGAGGAAAAUGUAGAGAGUGAACAUGACGAGGAUACCAAUCAAAGUAUCAGGCUGAUACCUUUCUCCACAAGUGAACAGGGAAAAGACACGAAUCAAAGGGAAGACAUAGGAAACAUCGUUUUACCUCAGUGUUCUUACGAUAAAACAUCUCAAAAAGGUAAAACAGACUCUUUCCAAAGCCCCUCACAAGUAUCACUUCAAGGAAAUAAUAAAUACUUUGGAAGUGAAGGACGUAUAAAAAAUGAAAAUAUAGAAGAUUAUGUAAAUGCCAAACUUCUCACAUCACCUUCAGGAAACCUCAGAAGAGUACACUACAGGGAAACAACAUGAUGGAGCAGCCAAAGAGAUUGAGACCAAUACAGAUUGUGAUGAUCAGGAUGAUCAUGAAAAAUAUGCACUCUUAAAAAUAAUGGAUGCUGUAAAACAGCUAUCCAGUAAAAGCGACUUACGUCCACGGAUUACA